AAAUCUUACUAAUUCACACCUGAUAAAAUUGAACGAACACCUUUAUCAUUGAAUAUUCUCAAGUUCUUUCUAUCAGCAUAUCGUUUUAUUUGUUUUUCUCUCUAAGCCAAUUAGCAGAGGACAUACUGCGUGUGCACUCGAAGCAGAUAGACAUACACCCGCAUUGCUAUCGACGAUUUGUGCCAUUUCGCUUUCAAGUAUCAACCUGUGCUACUGUUCUUCCACGUGUGUUGCUUUUUAGUUUCUGUAUUCGUCUUAUAGAAUUGCCAUCUGUCAUAUUUGAUGCUUAUAUUUUUCUUGUCAAUUUAAAUUACUCAAAUGUUGAGGAUUGGGUUUAUCGGUGCUGGUGGUAUGGCUCAAGCCUUGGCGAGAGGGCUUAUUGCUGCAGAGCUAAGCCCAGCAGAAAGGAUUAUCUGUAGUUGUCCUCGUAGUGACGUACUCUUACUAGAUCAAAUGAGAAGACUAGGUUGUCGUACCACUUCAAACAAUGGUCACGUUGCAGAUGACUCCCGAAUUCUCAUCCUAGCUGUGAAACCACCUGUCAUUCCUAAAGUCCUCAAGGACGUCGCUGAAUUCAUAACACCCCAGCAUCUGGUUAUUUCAGUCGCUAUGGGUAUCACUACGCGACAAAUAGAAAAAGCUCUGCCACCUAAAUCUCGAGUGAUUCGUGUCAUGCCUAACACCCCCGCUCUGGUACGAGAAGGAGCUUCUGUCUUCUCUUGUGGCAGCAACACCUUGGAAGAGGAUGCGGGAACUGCGCAUCGAAUAUUCGAAUCCGUUGGAAUCUGCGACCAAAUAGAGGAGAAUUUGUUAGAUGCUGUCACGGGCCUUAGUGGCAGCGGACCUGCUUAUAUGUUCAUGGCUAUUGAAGCUCUGGCAGAUGGCGGCGUUAAAAUGGGAAUCAGAAGAGAGUUAGCCAUUAAACUUGCAGCUCAAACACUUCUGGGAUCGGCCAAGAUGGUUUUGGAAACCGGCAAACAUCCGGGGGCUCUGAAGGACGACGUGUGCUCGCCGGCGGGCACUUCCAUCCAGGCCGUGCACCAAUUAGAAAAAAUCGGAUUUAGAUCUGCCCUCAUCACCGCCGUUGAAGCGGCGACCAUUCGAUCCAAAGAGACUGGGGGACUCUUUUAAAAAACGACGUUUCACCGAUAUUUUCUCUGUAAAUUAUAUUUGGUUUUACAUGUCUUAUAUAUAUAUAUAUAUAAAGAUAUAUUUUAACACUGUU